UGUAAACAACAGACAAAGUCGCAUAGUCCAAACUAAACAAGAGGAUUUCAAAAUCUGGAAAAGAGGGGAAAAGCCUCAAUUCAAAUUAACGCAUCAGAUGCACCACACAAACACCGUGCAGAUUUCACACAAACACCCCUAUCCUUCAAUCGGAAACACCAUCGGCGACACCCUAGGAGCGACCGGUGCAGCAUCUUCCAUUCAUCUGUGUCGUUCAAUCAACUUUAGUGGAGCCACGAGAUUAUUGCUCAUUCAGACAUAGCAGUUUAUUCGUUUGACAAGAUAUGUCUCUUCUCAGUAGAUUCUUUUAUAGAAGACCACCCGAUGGCUUGCUUGAGCUUGUGGAUAGAAUUUAUGUUUUUGAUUCUUGCUUUUCAACCGAAGUUCUACCAGAGGGACUUUAUCAACUUUAUUUGCAUGAAAUUAGUAACGAAUUACACGAAGAAUUCCCAGAAUCCUCCUUUCUUGCAUUCAAUUUCAGAGAAGGUGAAAGAAGGAGCCAAUUCUCAGAAAUUUUAUGCGAGUAUGACAUCACAGUCAUGGACUACCCAAAACAGUAUGAAGGCUGUCCCCUUCUUCCAUUAUCUCUUGUCCAUCAUUUUCUUCGUCUGUGUGAGAGUUGGCUUACUCUUGGCAACAAUCAAAAUGUCAUUUUGCUUCAUUGUGAGAGAGGUGGUUGGCCUCUUUUAGCCUUCCUUUUAGCCAGCAUUUUGAUUUAUAAAAAACUACAAACUGGUGAACGGAAGACUCUUGAAAUUGUUUAUCGUGAGGCCCCAAAAGGGUUGUCUCAACUUUUGUCACCUUUAAAUCCGUACCCUUCACAGCUUCGGUACCUUCAAUACAUAUCAAGGAGAAAUUUAUCUGAGGAAUGGCCUCCACCUGAAAGAGCUUUGUCUUUGGAUUGCCUCAUUUUGCGUGCUAUUCCAAAUUUUGACAAUAAAAAUGGAUGCAGACCAGUGAUUCGAAUCUAUGGGAGAAAUCUUUUAAGUAAAGAUGGGCUUUUGACACAAAUGUUAUAUUCCACUCCUAGGAGAGGUAGAAAUCUGAGGCAUUAUCGCCAGAAACAAAGUGAUGUUAUAAAGAUUGAUAUUCAGUGUUUGGUGGAAGGUGAUGUUGUAUUAGAGUGUCUCCAUUUAGACAUUGAUUCUGAAAGAGAAGUUAUGAUGUUUCGCAUAAUGUUCAACACUGCAUUUAUCAGAUCCAAUAUUUUGAUGCUGAAUUGUGACAAUUUGGACACUUUAUGGGACUCAAAGGCACGGUUUCCAAAAGGGUUCAGAGCUGAGGUUCUUUUUGGAGAUGUUGAGAACAUUUGUUCACCAAAAACACCAACCACAAUGUUGAAUGGAGAAGAAAAAGGUGGAUUGCCUAUAGAAGCUUUUAACAAAGUUCAAGAACUUUUUAAUGGAAUUGAAUGGGGUGAUGGUGGUGAUGAUACUGCUUUGUGGUUAGUGAAACAGUUAUCUGUUUUAAAUGAUGCGAAAGAGUUGUCAAUGUUGAGGAAUAAACUGAGUAGUUAUUCUUCACCUUUUGACUCUGAGGAUGAAAACAAUGCAUCGAGUGUUGCUGAUAGUUUGGAUUUUUUGGAAUCUGAAAGGAGUAAUGAUAUGACGUGUACUCCUGCAUCUACAGUGAGCUUUUAUGAUGAAGCUUCAUAUAGAGAUUCUAUUUCGGAUGGCACACCUGAUCGGAAAUCAUUGGAGGAUCCAUUGCAGCUGCAGCAUAAGAUAUCAGAUGCAGGUGAUUCCACCUCCACCCGUACAAGUGCUGAUUUAAGUAAUGUGAAUGGUUCUUUAGCAUCACCAAAACAUGUUCCUGUUGAUAGUUUAGAUGAUGCUAUAGCACCACCUCCCACUUUGCCUCCUAUCUCCACAAAGACCCUUCCACCACCGCCACCACCACCACCACCACCACCACCACCACCACCGCCCAUCGCUUCUACUUCUAGUUUUUCCAAGAGUCCACCACCCCCACCCCCACCCCCACCUCCACCUCCACCUGUUUCUUUGAAAGCCCCUCCACCACCACCACCUCCGCCUCCACCUCCACCUGUUUCUUCAAGAGGUGCUCCACCACCACCACCACCUCCACCUCCACCCAUUUCUUCGAAAGGCCCUCCUCCGCCACCACCACCACCUGUUUCUUCAAAAGGUCCUCCACCACCCCCACCUCCACCUCCAUUUGGCGUGGCUACUAAAGCUAGUGCUACCCCUGGACCACCACCACCGCCGCCCCCUCCUCCCCCUCCUGGAGCUCCACGUCAAGGAACAGUUUCUUCAGUAACCAAGCCACCUGGUGCACCUCCACCUCCACCUCCACCUCCGGGCCGCAAUGGUGCAGGUCCACCAGGUCCGCCUCCACCCCCACCUCCUGGCCGCACCGGUCCACCAGGACCACCUCCACCUCCACCACCAGGUCGCAGUGGUGGACCACCUCCACCUCCACCUCCAGGUCGUAGUGGUGGGCCAGGUCCACCGCCACCUCCACCUCCUGGAACAAAGGGUGGUAAUGGGCUGCAACAAGCUGCUCCUUCCACUGGACGAGGGCGUCUUACUGGUUCUUUAAGUAGUGGAAGAAGUAAAGUUGGUUCGGGUUCUUCAAUUCCUCCUAAAAAGACCUCUUUAAAGCCCUUGCAUUGGGUCAAAGUUACCAGAGCAAUGCAAGGGAGUUUAUGGGCUGAUAAUCAAAAACAAGAAGACCAAUCAAGGGCUCCUGAAAUUGAUAUAUCAGAGCUUGAGAGUCUAUUUUCAGCAGCUUCUGUUUCUGACAGUACCAGUAAAGGUGGUGCUCGACGAGGUUCAAAAAUUAAUAAACCUGAAAAAGUUCAAUUGGUUGACUUGCGUAGAGCAUAUAAUUGUGAAAUCAUGCUUACCAAAAUAAAGAUUCCUCUCCCAGAUAUGAUUAAUGCCAUUCUUGCAUUGGAUGCUUCUGCUUUGGACAUCGAUCAAGUUGAAAAUCUUAUCAAGUUUUGUCCCACAAAAGAAGAAAUGGAGACAUUAAAGAACUAUACAGGAAACAAGGAAAUGCUUGGAAAGUGUGAACUGUUUUUCAUGGAGCUAAUGAAGGUCCCACGGGUUGAGUCAAAACUUCGAGUAUUUGCAUUCACAAUUACUUUUACCAGUCAGGUUAGUGAUUUGAGACGAAACCUGAGUGCAAUCAAUGAUGCUACUAUCGAGGUUAAGGAAUCUGCAAAGUUGCGUCAAAUAAUGCAAACAAUUCUUACGCUUGGAAAUGCUUUAAAUCAGGGCACUGCUCGAGGAUCUGCCAUAGGUUUUAAAUUGGACAGCCUUCUUAAAUUGUCUGAUACACGUGCAAGAAACAACAAGAUGACACUAAUGCAUUAUUUAUGCAAGCUCCUUGCUGAGAAGAUGCCAGAGUUGCUAGAUUUUGACAAGGAUCUUGUUCAUCUAGAAACUGCCUCCAAGAUCCAAUUGAAGAAUUUGGCUGAAGAAAUGCAAGCAGUGAGUAAAGGUCUUGAAAAAGUUGAGCAAGAACUCACUGCUUCUGAAAAUGAUGGCGCUGUAUCAGCUGGCUUCCAAAAGGCGUUGAAGGCUUUUCUUGAUACUGCUGAAGCUGAAGUCCGGGCAUUAAUCUCUUUGUAUACAGAAGUGGGAAGAAAUGCUGAUUCACUUUCACAGUAUUUUGGAGAAGAUCCUGUUCGUUGCCCAUUCGAGCAAGUGACACAAAUAUUGGCAUUGUUUGCUAAGAUGUUUAAGAAAGCACGUGAUGAAAAUGCACAGCAAGCAGAGACAGAAAAGAAGAGAUUAGAGAAAGAAGCUCAUGCUUUGAGGAAAGAAAGUAUUAAUAUUGAUGUCGAUCACAAAAAAGAUCUCAGAAACAUGAUCCGUGAUACAUCUUUAUCCAUGAAGAAACAAAAUUCAUAAGAAAGAGUAUUCGUUUGUUUGAUUUUUCUUCCAUAUAUAAUAUGACCCUCACACAUACAUCAACAUGU